AUGUAUUGGACAGACUGGGAAGAAGAUGAAAUAGACGACAGUGUGGGAAGAAUUGAGAAGGCAUGGAUGGAUGGCUACAGUCGGCAGAUUUUUGUAACAUCAAAGAUGCUUUGGCCGAAUGGUUUAACUCUGGACUAUCAUGCCAAUGUGUUAUACUGGUGUGAUGCCUAUUAUGAUCACAUUGAAAGAAUAUUUUUGAAUGGAACUGAAAGAAAGGUAAUCUACAGCGGAAAAGAUUUGAAUCAUCCUUUUGGAUUAUCACAUCAUGGAAAUCAUAUUUACUGGACAGACUAUAUGAAUGGAUCUAUUUUCCAGCUGGAUCUGAUCACAAGGAAUGUGACACUGUUAAGAAGUGAGAGACCACCUUUGUUUGGGCUUCAGAUAUAUGACCCACGUAAACAGCAAGGUGAUAACGCAUGUCGUGUUAACAACGGAGGUUGCAGUACUCUCUGUUUAGCCAUUCCUGGAGGCAGAGUUUGUGCCUGUGCUGAUAAUCAGUUUUUGGAGGAAAACAGCACAACCUGCAUGAUUAAACAUGGAGAAAUGCCACCACAGUUGUGCAAAGCCGAACAGUUCCAGUGUAACAAUAAGCGCUGUAUCCAUGGUCGCUGGCGCUGUGAUGGAGAUGAUGACUGUUUGGAUGGCAGUGAUGAGCAUGCUGACAUUUGCUUCAAUCAUAGUUGUCCUGAGAAUCAGUUUAAAUGCCAAAAUAAUCGCUGCAUUCCCAAGAGAUGGCUAUGUGAUGGAGCUAAUGACUGUGGUAAUAACGAAGAUGAAUCAAAUAAAACCUGUGCAGCAAGAACGUGUCAGAUCGACCAAUUUUCUUGUGGGAAUGGACGCUGUAUUCCAACAUCUUGGCUGUGUGACAGGGAGGAUGACUGUGGAGAUCAAACUGAUGAAAUGACAUCCUGUGAAUUCCCAACGUGUGAGCCACUAACUCAAUUUGUUUGCAAAAAUGGAAGAUGCAUUAGCAGCAAAUGGCUCUGUGAUUCAGGCAAAUGA